AUGGAAUUCAAACUACCCGAACUCGACUAUCCAUACGAUGCACUUGAGCCGAUUAUCGACGAGGAGACAAUGAGGACGCACCACUCCAAGCACCACCAGGCUUACAUAAAUAGCCUCGAGAAGACACUCAGGAGUAACAGCAUCAAGGGCAAGAGCCUCUACUACUACGUGACCAAGGGCCGGGGGAUCAGGGGAGUCAAGAGCAGUGCAAGGAGAGACCUGCUCAACUUCUCUGGAGGGCACUACAACCACAGUCUGUUCUGGAAGAUGAUGUGUCCCCCAGGAACCAGCGGGCCUAUGAGCCCAAGGCUUUUGGAGUACAUAGAGAGAUCCUUUGGAUCUCAGGAGAAGAUGGUCAAGGAGUUUAGUAAUGCGGCAGUGUCGCUAUUUGGCUCCGGAUGGGUGUGGCUAUGCUAUAGACAGAGCGAGGGCAUUCUUGUGAUAAGGAAGACAUACAACCAGGAUGCUAUAUGCAUGAAGACCUCCAGCACCGUUCCGAUACUUGGACUGGAUGUCUGGGAGCAUGCAUAUUACCUGAAGUACAAGAAUGUGAGAUCUGAGUAUGUAGCAAACUGGUGGAAGGUUGUAAACUGGGGCCUGGUUAGUAGACUGUUUGAGGAGAUAGCACUAGAAAACAAGAAGCUGUGUGUUAUGUCUGACGGUUCUAUUAAAUUUGAUUAA